AGAUUGGGUAGAGUAGUGCGAGAAAAGGACAGCGCAAUCAAAAUGAAGAAACGAUAUCGAUCAGAAAUAUAAAGAGCGGCAAGGACAGAGACAAGCUUAAGCUAGAAUUAAUUAGCUAGCUGAAGCUUAAGCUGCAGCUGUUUUUCUUCAUGAAUUUAUGUACAGAGCAGCCGGCGGUAACACGGCGGCAGCUGCUGCUGCUGCUUCUCCUCCUCCUCCUCCUCCUCACCUCCUCUCCUCUCUGCAGCCGCGUGUCCGCGAGUGCGGGUGCGAGAGCGAGAAGCAAUGGCGGCGGCAGCAGCAGGAGAGUGGUGAGGCAUCUCCCGGGGUUCGACGGGCCGCUCCCGUUCGAGCUGGAGACCGGGUACGUGGAGGUGGACCACAUCGCCGGCGUCCGCCUCUUCUACUACUUCAUCCGCUCGGAGCGCCGCCCCGCCGCCGACGACGACCCCCUCCUGCUCUGGCUCACCGGCGGCCCCGGCUGCUCCGCCUUCUCCGGCCUCGUCUACGAGGUCGGACCCCUCACCUUCGACCUCCACCAUGGCCGCCAUGGCGGACUGCCGAGACUGCUGUACAAGCCGGAGUCGUGGACGAAGCGAGCCAGCGUCAUCUUCCUCGACUCCCCCGUCGGAACUGGCUUCUCCUACGCCGCCGACGCCGACACCGACGGCGCCGGAUUCCGCACCGGCGACACCAUUGCCGUCCGCCACAUUCUCGUCUUCCUCCGCAAGUGGUUGCAGGAGCACCCGGAUCUCCUCUCCAAUCCUCUCUACAUCGCCGGCGACUCCUACUCUGGGAUGAUUGUGCCGGCCGUUGCCUUGGGGAUCGCCACUUCUUCACCUGAACCACAUCAACCAUCUCUCAAUCUAAAGGGCUACCUUUUGGGCAAUCCAGUCACUGAUCCCAACUUCGACACUCCAUCCAAAAUUCCAUUUACUCAUGGGAUGGGUCUCAUAUCUGACGAACUGUACGAGGCAUACAAGAAGAGCUGCAGCGUCAGGGACAACACCCAGCAGCAAAGCGUUCAGUGCACUAAUACUCUUGAUGCCAUAGAUGAGUGUGUCAAGGACAUAUACCAAAAUCACAUUCUGGAGCCUUACUGCACGUUGGCAAGCCCUCAUAAUCCGCGCAUCGAUAAGCCAUUUACUUCAGGAGGACGGCAGAUGCUCCAACUCCAAGAGGACCAAGACCUUCACUUGUCUGAGAUUUCUUCAGAAUGCAGAACAGCAAGAUAUACCAUGUCCAGAAUAUGGGCAAACAAUGACACAGUAAGAGAGGCACUUGGAAUACACCAGGGAACAGUUCCUUCGUGGCAAAGAUGCAACUUUGACAUUCCGUACACUCGCGACAUCAAAAGUUCAAUAAGAUACCAUCUGGAUUUGACAGCUAGAGGCUACAGAAGCCUAAUUUACAGUGGUGAUCAUGACAUGGCUAUCCCUUUCAUCGGCACGCAAGCCUGGAUUAAGUCUCUGAAUUUCUCUGUUGUGGAUAAGUGGAGACCAUGGUUUGUGGAUGGACAAGUUGGAGGAUAUACAAGGUCAUACUCUAAUAACCUCACAUUCGCAACUGUCAAGGGUGGUGGACAUACAGCUCCAGAGUACAUGCCAAAGCAAUGCCUUACUAUGCUUGCAAGGUGGGUGUCCAGAGAUCCUCUUUGAAGAUGGUGUACAUG